GACGUUCCGUUGCAUUCCAUUUUUUACCCUGAGCAUUUCCAUUUUUUUGUUUUUCGUUGUUUUGUCCGUAGUUUGCAACUUGGAUGUGUGUGUGCAAUUCGGGGCGACCACAGUUUGUGCUCAAGUGGUGCCUUUGGAGAGUGAGAGUGCAAGUAGACACGUGUUGCGUUUACGAACGUUUUUUGGUUCCUUCGAUAAGAAAAAAAAAUUAAGCAUAUUUCAGUGGAUAUCGUUGUAACGCAGAGUUGCAUUUUAAUUACGUGAACAAUAUGACACGAUCGUGUAAGGGAAUACAAACAGAUGGAUUAAAACACUAUUCAAACAUGCCGAACUGAAACAUUCAGAGUCACCUCUUUCAGGACAGCUGCAAUUCCAUUUCAUUUUUGAUAAUCGAUAACGCAUACGGAUUUUCAUCUGCAAAUCACAUUUAAGCUGCAACUUAAUUAUGCGGUCGCUGGAUAUCAUUUGUGCGAUAAUUCUGUUCAAAAUUAAGAUGAUAACAAUGACACCGCAAUCAACCAUCCAGACACCCUAUACCAUGGAUUCGGGCUAUGAUAAAAAUUCCAGACCAAGUACCUCGCAAACAGACGUAACUAUAGGCUUGUAUUUGAAUCGUAUCUCAGCUGUAGACGAAAAUAAUGAAGAGAUUUCGUUUGACGUUUUUCUACAAGUGAUUUGGGACGACAAGAGAAUACACCACCGUAACAAUACCAUCGAACAAAAAUAUAUUGAAUUGAAACUUGAAGAACGUCACAAAUUAUGGGUGCCCGAUCUUUACAUACGUCAACUGCGCGAAAUGAAAGUGCUCACACUGUUCGAGGAAAUCUCCAGUUUGCGUUUGUAUAAAAACAGCACGUUGGUACUGAGCUUAGGAGCCACAAUAGUCAUCAAAUGUGAUAUGGAUUUCGUUUUGUAUCCACUGGACGUACAAAGUUGCCCAGUUGAUUUUAGCAGUUAUAAAUACUCCGUAAAAGAUAUGUCAUUUCGAUGGAAAAAAGAAAAUCCCAUCACAUUUCCGAAGGAUUUCGACGAGGGUCUUUUCUUUCGCCUGCCAAAAUAUGUCGUAUCAUUUUCGACCGUAAAAGAACCACAAACGUUACACUACAAUGACGUUGACCAUUCGUCGGCCCGUUUACAAAUCACAUUAUCACGCGAAGUCAAAAGCUAUUUGCUGGAAAACUAUUUACCAUCCACAUUAUUCGUAUCGAUGUCAUGGGGCAGCUUCAUUGUCGUACCCGAAAUUGUGCCAGGGCGAAUGGUACUAUUGGUCACAACACUGCUGUCUCUGGUCACAAUGUUUGACACGGUGCGAAAUAAUUCGCCGAAUGCAUUGGAGUUGAAAUGCAUCGAGGUGUGGCUGAUAUCAUGCACUUUGUUUGUAUUCUUGGCGUUGAUGGAGUACUUCAUUGUAUUGUUUGGCAUUCGGUACGAUAAGCAUUGGCGCAAAGCAAAACCAAAAACACCGUCCGUUCCAUCACAUAAUUUAACAUCAACGGCUGCAGCGGCCACCGCAACAACAAACCUAUCGCAAGCAUCUGAAAGUGAUAGAAAGCCAGCGCUGGAGCAGGCCGCCCGAGCAUUUUCAACGAUGAACAAAAUAACACCCGAGACGCGGGCCAAAUUUUCAACAAUGGCCGCCAAAAGACGAGAGGAGGCGCUUAUCAAUGAAGCCAACUGUAUACCGCCGCCCUCAUCGCUCAGUCAACCGACUUUAUUCGGAAAUCGACGAAGAUUUCGAAAUGUGGCCGAAAAUGCGAUCUUAUACGUUGGUUCGCAACACGGGCGACUCGAUCAGAUCUCGCUCAUUUUGUUUCCGAUGACAUUUCUGCUGUUCACAAUCAGCUACUGGAUCAUCUAUUUGAACGAGUCAACAAAACGGCGAACCAUUUGAUCGUGGCAAUCAGAAAAUGCGUUUCGAUUGGAUGGACAACCGUGGACAGAUACUGAUUUUGUGUCAUGAAUCAAUUUCUUCAGACACUCACACACAAAACAUUACACUUACCAAUUUUUGUUCGAAACAUUCUCACGUUUGAUUCUAAUUUAUUCACCCGGAACUGAUUUACCGAGAUAAUUGAAGGGGUGCGGAGCAAUCAAACCGGAUAUGCAUCAAACCAUUUGUGUUUCGUUCGUGAUCCCAACGUUUUGAAAAAGACAAAAAAAAACGGGCAAAUCAAACAAUUCUAUUUUGAAUUUGUACGAUUGGUGCAAGUAUCAAUCAAUUUGGACCUUUUUAUCGGCAUUUGUGCACGAGGAUUCAAACGGUUUUGAUUUCGACAUGUCAUCAUUGCUACAAAUGUACAACUCACCCAGAUAAAAUUGAUGAAUUCACCAGGGGACAAAAAAAAACGAUUCAAAAACGAAAAAAGACAUAAACAAUUGCAAGCUUUGAAUCAAAUAUCCAAAACUAUUUGCAAAGAUUAGACAAUUUCAUAGUAUUUGUAAGCGCCUAGAAACUCUCUCUAUCUCCCUUUCACUCCCUUCAGAUUAUUACGCGAUCAAAUAAAAAAAAACUUUUUUCUUUUCUUUUUUAAA